AUGACCCUUGACUCCGCCCACUGCGACCCGAGCGGACUGCACAAGCUGCUUGAUUCCGUUCGUGUAGAAUUUUAUGCCUUCUUGCAGGGCUUACAUGCAACAUACAUGGAAAUCUCUCUCUCUCUCUCUCUCUCUCUCUCUCUCUCUCUCUCUCUCUCUCUCUCUCUCUCUCUCCCCUAUUAUCUCUUCCCACGCUCAUUCCCGCAUCUUCUCAUCUUCUCAGCUUCCCCCUCAUUACACAAACCUCAGACCACGCCAUCGUGUAUCUUCUUUCCACAUGAUUCAGGCACUCGUCGCCGUCGUCAACUUUGCCUUCGUCAUCGUCACUGUUUCCGUUCAUUUCUUUGUCCUUGGCCUUGUCUUCGUCGUCGUUAUCGUCGUCGUCGUCGUCCUCCUCCUCCUCCUUAUUCUUCAACUUCUCCUCCUUCUUCUCCUCCUCCUCCUCCUCCUCCUCCUCCUCCUCCUUCUCCUUCUCUUCAUCCUUCUCUUCAUCCUCCUCCUCCUCCUCCUCCUCCUCCUCCUCCUCCUCCUCCUUCUCCUUCUCUUCAUCCUUCUCUUCAUCCUCCUCUUCUUCUUCCUCCUCCUCCUCCUCCUCCUCCUCCUCCUCCUCCUCCUCCUCCUCCUCUUCCUCCUCCUCCUCCUCCUCUUCCUCCUCCUCCUCCCCCUCUUCCUCCUCCUCCUCCUCCUCUUCCUCCUCCUCCUCCUCCUCCUCCUCCUCUUCCUCCUCCUCCUCCUCCUCCUCCUCCUCCUCCUCCUCCUCCUCCUCCUCCUCUUCCUCCUCCUCCUCCUCCUCUUCCUCCUCCUCCUCCUCCUCCUCCUCCUCUUCCUCCUCCUCCUCCUCCUCCUCCUCCUCCUCCUCCUCCUCCUCCUCCUCCUCUUCCUCCUCCUCCUCCUCCUCUUCCUCCUCCUCCUCCUCCUCCUCCUCCUCCUCCUCCACCACCACAGCCUUUACCACCACAGCCUUCACCACCACAGCCUUCACCACCACAGCCCUCACCACCCCAGCCUUCACCACCCCAGCCUUCACCACCCCAGCCUUCACCACCCCAGCCUUCACCACCCCAGCCUUCACCACCACAGCCUUCACCACCACAGCCUUCACCACCACAGCCUUCACCACCACAGCCUUCACCACCACAGCCUUCACCACCACAGCCUUCACCACCCCAGCCUUCACCACCACAGCCUUCACCACCACAGCCUUCACCACCCCAGCCUUCACCACCACAGCCUUCACCACCCCAGCCUUCACCACCCCAGCCUUCACCACCCCAGCCUUCACCACCACAGCCUUCACCACCCCAGCCUUCACCACCACAGCCUUCACCACCCCAGCCUUCACCACCCCAGCCUUCACCACCACAGCCUUCACCACCACAGCCUUCACCACCACAGCCUUCACCACCACAGCCUUCACCACCCCAGCCUUCACCAUCCCAGCCUUCACCACCCCAGCCUUCACCACCACAGCCUUCACCACCCCAGCCUUCACCACCACAGCCUUCACCACCCCAGCCUUCACCACCACAGCCUUCACCACCACAGCCUUCACCACCCCAGCCUUCACUACCACAGCCUUCACCACCCCAGCCUUCACCACCACAGCCUUCACCACCACAGCCUUCACCACCACUCCGUCAGCCACAGGCGAUGAUGAUCACAGCAGGUCCUACGCUCUGUGAUCCUGCAACGUCAAGGACACGCGCAGGACAUCGACCUUCCCUCCACCACUCUUUCCCUCCCUCCCUUAGUCUUCCUUUUCCUUCUUCCCGUCUUUCCUUCCCUCUAUCUCUUCUUCAUACUUUCCUUCCCUCCUUGCAUUCGUCUCUCGUGUCCGGUCGUGUGACAGCAGUGCAUGACACGAGCAGCACAUUCCUCGUGCAUGGUCGCAGCUGCAUGACCGUCGCGCCAGACACCAUCGGGCGCGGAGAGCACAGAGGUUAG